CAUGCGGCUCGCAUAAAGCAGCGGCGGAACAUCCUCGUUGAAAAAAAAAAGCACAAUAAAGACAAACAGAACACAAUGAGGUGAACGAAAGUCCCGGUGAGUCCAAACGUCAUCUGGUUCCGGGUCGGGUUUUGACUCCUCAUCACCGCCGCCGUCGAACCGAACCGAGCUGCCGGCCGGUUUGUCUCUCUCCAAGCCGCUUCAGGCGUGUCGGACGUCGGCUUGCCCGCUUCGGCUGCUCCGCUCUUUGUCAGCCGGUUACACCAACAAAUCAUUUUUUCCGUUUUUUUUUUUUUUUAAACUAAAAAAAAAAACAAAAACAUUUUUUCUUGUAAAAGCUCUUCAAGUCACAAUAAUUAAAAACUUGAAUUGAUACGCCCCUCCGUGGAUAAUGCGGGCCGCCGUCUGAAGCGGCUUCUCCUUCCCCGUCUCUUCCUCGCUCUUUCGCCGGGUCUUGUCGCUCGACCCCGGGAGACGAAUCGAAGUCAUGCCGGAGCAGUGCGUGUCCGUCUCCGAGUUCGUGGAGGAGGUUCUGGAGGACUGGAGCUCGCCUACCACGUCAUCCUUCUCCUCCAAAAUGAACGGAUGCCGGAAUACCGUGCACCUGCUGGAGGAGGCUCUGGAUAGUGACCGUUUGUUACUGCAGAAGAUGAAAAAAGCAGCCAAAGCCAAAUACGCGUCUGGACAAGAGCACGUGUCCCACCUGGAGCAGUACAUCCUGUCCAUGGAGAAGCUGUCCAUCAACUGCCACUCUAGUGGCGAGACAGAGGUGGGCUCCGCCUUCUGCCGCAUGGCCGACUUCUCCAAGGAGCUGGUCUCGCCCAUCAACAACCUGUUGAAAAGCAUGCUCCACAACAUCAACUUUUUCCUGGACUCCCUAGUAAAAGGAGACCUACGUGAAGUCAAGGGGGUGAGGAAUGACUUUAGUUUGUUUAUUUGCCACCGGAGGGCGCCACCGUUACAAGCUAUGCUUUGUGCGCAGGAUCUGAAGAAGCCUUUCGAUCGAGCGUGGCGAGACUACGAGAGCAGAUUCAAGCAGGUGGAGAAGGAGAAGCGAGAACUGGCGCGUCAGUACGGGAUGGUGAGGAAUGAGGUGAGCGGCGGCGAGAUCGCCGAGGAGCUGGAGAAGGAGAGGCGGGCUUUCCAACUCAGCAUGUGCGAGUAUCUGAUCAAGGUGAACGAGAUCAAGAGCAAGAGGGGAGUGGACCUGCUGCACAACCUCAUCAAACACUUUCACUGCCACAAUAAUUUCCUGCAGGAGUGCGUGGCCAGCACGCAAAGGCUGAAGCAAUACAUGGACGAGCUGAACGGCGUCCUUGCAUCCGUGAAGCAGCGUCAGGAGGAAGAAAAACGUCAAUUAGUCUCCCUCAGAGAUCAACUCAGGCCCGUUGUGCACAGCCAGCAGGACAGUUUAGCAAAGCCGGUUUACAGCAUGCAUCAGCUGCUGGGAGACAAACAGUACGGAACAGAAAGGACCGGAUUCCUUUACAAGAAGAGUGAUGGGUUAAGAAAAAUGUGGCAGAAGCGGAAAUGCUGGGUUCACAACUGCUACCUGACCAUCGCGCACGCGACGCCCAACAAAACCCCCACCAGACUCAACUUACUCACCUGCCAAGUCAAACCCAGCGUGGAGGACAAGAAGUGCUUCGACCUCAUCUCUCAUAAUCGCACGUAUCACUUCCUGGCUGAAGACGAAGCUGAGUGUCUCGCCUGGAUCUCGGUACUGAGCAACAGCAAACAGGAAGCGCUGACGGCGGCGUUGGACGGCGUCCGGAAAGGCGGCACCGAGAGCAGCGUGGAGGAUCUGACCCACGCCAUUGCCCAGGACAUCCGACGCAUGCCCGGGAACAACCGCUGCUGCGACUGCGGCGCUCCCGACCCCGGUUGGGUGUCCACCAACUUGGGCAUCCUGACCUGCAUCGAGUGCUCCGGUGUGCACCGCGAGAUGGGCGUCCACAUCUCCAGGAUCCACUCGCUCAGCCUGGACAGCCUCGGAACUUCGGACCUGCUGCUGGCCCGGAACGUAGGAAACAGCGGUUUCAACGAGAUCCUGGAAGCCAACCUGCUCAGUCCUUCCAUGAAGCCGUCGCAACACAGCCACAUGACGGAGCGAAAGGAGUUCAUCACGUGCAAGUAUCAGGACGUUCAGUUCGUGCGUCCGGGCCCCAACCCGGCGACGGCCCUCAGAGUCCUUCACGAAGCCACCAAGAACGCCGACAUCUACAGCUUGCUGCAACUGCACGUGCAGCGCACGCAACUUGGGCAAGCGCUGCACACCCACAUACAGGAGAAAGGGGAGACAGCCCUCCACCUGGCCGUCCUAUUGGCCGACAGGACGUCUCUCCACAUCCUGGACUUCCUGGCUCAGAACUGUUCCAACGUGGAUGUGCAGACGUCGUGCGGCAACACGGCGCUUCACUACAGCUGUCUCCACAACAAAAGCGACUGCGUCAAACUGCUGCUGAGGGCCAGAGCCAACACGCACAUCAAGAACGAGUUGGGAGAGACGCCAUUGGACGUGAGCCGCAGGCUGAAGCACAACCACUGUGAGGCGCUGUUGCAGCAAGCCCAAUCUAACCAUUUCGACCAUCACGUGCACGUGGAGUACGAGUGGCGCCUUCGCCACGACGACGUUUACGACAGCGACGACGAUUUCGAAGACAAGAACGGUCCCGUGAAGAAGGAGCGUUCGUCCUCGUCCUUCUCCUUCCCCUCGCGACCUUUCAACUUCGGGCUGACGUCUUCCGUUUCCUCGGCGCCCCCCGGCGGCGGGCUGCUGAGCGUGGGCCGGCGGCUGGCCACGGCCAUGGAGCACCACGUUAGGCCGCCCGCCCAGUCGCAAAGUCCCCCGCCGCCGCCCCCCUCUUCGCCCGCGCCGCCACUGCCCCCCAGGGUGAAGGCGCCCAACGUUCCUCCGCCGCCACCGCCGGCAGGUGAAGACCAAUUGGAGCAAGAUGAAGAAGAGGAAGUGUUCUCCCCCGUGACGGGAAACUGGAAAUGGACCCCUCAGGUCGCCGCCCGACACAAAAGGAGCUGCUCCGAGUCUAGUAACCACGAUUAUGGGAUGCCGGCCAAUCACGGGAGGAUCUCCAGUGAUGCGGAUUCAUCUUUUCAGAAUCCGUUGUCUCUCAGCUCGCUGACCGAACGUCCAGAUAGAGCCUAUCGCAGAGCAGACAGCGACACGAGCGGUGCCCGCCGUCAGCACCCUAGGAGAGCCUCUCCCAACGGCUCAUCGGUCAAUCGCCGCUCGCAGAGCUUCGAGAGCACUGGCCGAGGCCCUGCCCCUCAGCCGCUCCCACGCAGGUCGCUGGUGAGUGGUAGUAUUUCGCCAGUGUGGAGAAACAGACGCUCACGUCGGGGAUUUCGUGUCCGGCAGCCUCGGGGAAGUCGAGGGGCCGCCCGUCGGGUCCGGGCGCUUUACGACUGCGAGGCCGACCACCAUGAUGAGCUGAGCUUCAGCGAGGGGCAAGUCUUGGUGGUCCUGGGGCAGGAGGAUCCCGACUGGUGGGUGAGUAUUUUUACACGUAAAUAUCGGGACAUCUACUCAAACGAAAACGGCGUAAUUUUCAAAUUACAGGAGCAAUAGGGAUGUCCCUGAUCAGAUCCCGUGAUCGGAAAUCAGGCCAUUUUUCAGAGGAUCGGGAAUCAGGUGAAAAGAAUCGGGGUUUUAAUCUAAAAAGAUUAGCCCUUAAAAAUAUGAAAAAAAAUAAAAAAGAAUCCAGAAAUACAAUUACUUUGCCAAAAGAAAAUAUACACGUUUUAUACUCCGUAACACUCCCGGAAAAAGCCGAAGAAAAACUGUAGACAGCACAGUACUGCAAAAUAUUUGGAACUUUUGUUCAAGUUAAAAAAGGAAGAAAAAAAAAAACGGAUUGUUGCGAUCAAAAAUGAUCGUUUGUGCCAUUAUAGCUUUUUUUUUUGUUUUUGUUUUUAUAUUAAUGAAUCUUUUAUAGGGCGGAAAACAGACAAGGCUGAAAAAGCACUUUCUGCUCUUGCAAAUUCAUGGCGCGUUAAGCCCCUGAACUAUUUUUAAUUUGUCCGUUUUACCCUGGAGACCCCCGUUUACAAACGUCGCGCAACCACUUGUUUCAGUCCAGCCAUUAAAAGUAUUUACAUUUAUUGUUCGAAAUAUCUGUCAUUUUUAGCUUAGAAUCAUAAAUUGAUGUCUAAUAUUUAGUUU